UUUUUUGUCUACCAACACAUUAUUUAUUUCACACAUGGUGUAGACUACAGAAAACAUGGAAAGGUUUUAAUGAGUAUUAAGAGAGAGAAUGCAUGCCCUGAAGUAUUUACUGCUCUCACAUUCCCCUAAAGCGCCCUAGAGGAAAAGCAGACAAUUUAUUUUGUAGGACUAUCCGGGCAAUAAAACCAAUGUGGCCUAGAGUAAAUGGAUACUACAAUUGCUCAAGGGCUGGCUGAAAAAAAAAACAUGGCAAUCAAAAUAACCGUAAAGCCGCACGAUAAAAUGAAAAAGUAUGUGCUAAUGCACAUGAGAUCUUGUAGCAAGGCAAACUGUGGACAAGUCAGUGCGCGGUCCCCCGCUGUGAGAGGAGUGGAAACAACAAAGGCACCCCCUGCAGUAGUAGAGCUCUAAUAUUGGCACCCAUAAGCAGCUGGCAGGCCGCCUCCUGUAAUUUUAGCGCACAUGGAUGCGGAGGAAAGGUUUAAUGGGCAUUGGUGGACAUGCCCCCCUCGCGAGGGCGUCAAGACAGCAGAGCAGAGAGGGAGAGGAGAGGGAGAAUGAAGAGGUGAAACGCAGAGCGGAAGAGAGGUCUGCUUUUUGCAUCACAAAUAAAGUCAGGCAACUAUGAGCAGCAGCAUGACUCCUCUAGCACAUGGACUCUAUCUGACUCUCUGCUUUUACUAUGGCCUGGCCCAAUCAUCUUUCCUGGACAGCUUUAGUUCCUUCCCAGCAGCACUCACCCCCCAGGAGCAGCAGAGGAGGUUGAACCCAUGCUGUUUAGUGAGUCCGCCUCCACCCCCCCUCUUCCCUCCACCACCUUCACUUUGGCGCCGCCACGCUCAUGAUGGUAAUUCAGAGUCUCCAUCUGAAGGUAAAGGUUCCUCCUGUGCCCGCGGCCCCCCUGGGCCCAUGGGCCCCCCAGGACCUCAGGGUCCACCAGGAUUACCAGGAAUUGGAGGAUCCAAGGGAGAAAAGGGAGAAAUCGGAAGACCUGGACAAAAGGGUCGGACUGGUCCUCCUGGACUUCCGGGAAAGCAGGGACCAGUUGCAUGGCCAGGACCAAGUGGGCCCAAAGGAGAGAAAGGUGAUCCAGGCCUAAUGGGUUUACCUGGCGGGAGAGGACCAAUUGGACCCAGGGGUUUACCUGGAUACAAGGGUGAAAAGGGUUCACGAGGGGAACAUGGCGAGAGAGGCUCCAAAGGCGACAAAGGGGCAAUGGGUUUCCCUGGGAUGCUUGGACAGAAAGGUGAAAUGGGUCCAAAAGGAGAACCCGGCGUUUCAGGAAACAGAGGACCCACCGGUCGACCAGGCAAGAGAGGCAAACAGGGAGUGAAAGGAGACUCAGGCAGCGGUGGUGCAAGGGGACCUGCAGGUCCACAGGGAUCUCCCGGACUUCCUGGUCCUCCUGGUCCUCCUGUCACAGGACUUCACAUGGUUGGAGUCAAAGGUGCCCGCGGGCCUCCCGGGCAGCCUGGACAGUGUAGCUGCGGUUCUCCUAGUGGUUCUAUAUUAGAAGAUUAUCACUCCAGAAGAAAGGCUUCCAAUCUCAAAGUACCUGUGAUCUUUGUGGUGAGCAACGAGGAGGAGCUGGAGCGUCUUCAGACAGAGAAUGCGUUUGCAUUCCGCAAAGAUCAGAGAUCUCUCUAUUUCAAAGACACUGACGGCUGGUUUCCUGUUCAGAUUUUCCCAUUCCAGAUGACGGCGUUCCAGUCUAUGGAGAACCCGCCUGAUGAGGACGGUUACUGCGGCGACGGCGUCGUGCAGCGCAAAGGUGGCGAGGAAUGUGACGACGGCAACAAAGUUGUCACCGACGGCUGCGUCAAGUGUAAACAUGCCUUCUGCGGCGAUGGAUACCGCCAUGAGGGCGCCGAGGAGUGUGACGGGAAAGACUUUGGCUACCAGACGUGCCUUUCUUACCUACCCGGGUCAUACGGUCACCUGAAGUGCACGCCGUACUGUGCUAUCGAUUCCACAAACUGCAAGUACUUCACCUGAGUGAAAAAGCUGGACAUUGCGUCCAGAUCCUUUUUCGUGGGACACAAACGUGGGAAUAUACAGUAAUUUUCAUGCCAAAUAAAAGAACAAACAAAGACAGGGAAGACGCAGCAGACGAAGCGAAGUGAAGCAUAUACUGUAGAUAACUCCCGUGUACUGCUGCCGCAUUGAAUCCCUCGGAGCGUCGCUAUAUACUCUACGUGGAGGGGAAACUUUUCACCCACACGUCAGAAACAGCAGGACAGCUUCCCUCCGUCUUAACCGGCCGGAUUUAAGCCUCAUCACGCCUCGAUGGACACGAAUGCGUCUGGCAACAGAUGCCCAGCAGCCAUGCUGAGAGACUUUGCCAGGGGUGUCAUAAUCUUUACCCAGUUAAUAUUGGAAGACAAAAAAAAACACACGAAAAAGAGAGCGAGUAGGAGCUCCAGAGCUGGGCCUCAGGCCUCAGGUAUUGUGCCAGUGCAGCAGCAUUUGCAUGAGGCUGGCCUUCAUCAAGCAUGCAUCACUUACACCUCUUACUGGUUUCCACUUUGUACUCUUAACCUCACAUUAACAUAAGCAGAGAUGCAAGUCCAACCAAUAUCCUCUAGCGCUAUUCCUACGAGACUGUUACACACCGCACUGGCGACACAGGUGGUGCUUCUCUGCUCGACACACACAUUUGAUCACAAAUCCAAGAACAACUCUCAGGAACAAGCAGGUCGCGUAGACUCUCACGAGCAUCCAUUUACUUCUGUCAGAGGCACACAGGAAACUCAACAACAACAAAAAAAGAUAUGCAGUAGUCCUCUGUUCAUCACCGGAGUUCCUUUCCAGACCCGCCAGCGAUAGGUGAAAAUCUGUGACAUAGACAGACCAUAAAAUAUUCCGUACACACACUUCAAACAUAUUUCAACUGAUUAAAACACACUUUUUAAACACACUAAGCAUAUUUGGCAGACAAAAAAAUCCAAUGUACAGACAAUACGUAGUAAUAAUUAUGGACUAAAACUGUUUCCCUACCUUUUAUUGAGAAAAAUCUCAUGGCACACCACCAAACAAAAAUGUAAAAAAAAACCCAAAAAAGUAUCUACAGCACUCUGAAAUAAUGAUGAGCUCAUCGCAUUUUACAGUGGACCCCCGCAUACUCGCAGUUUGGCAGCCGCAGAUUCACACGUCCGCAGAUUUGUUUUUACAUUUAUUUUAUUUUUUUUUCUUUUUGGGUGGGAACCAACCCCAAAACGCUGAGUUGCAGUUCAUCCCCACUUAUUCAAUAACUUUUUGGGUAACAUAAAUAAACAAAUAAAAAAUUCAGUGCAACUAUAAUGAGCAUCAAUUAAUUAUCUGCUGAUUUCUUUAUUUUGUAUUUUUUUUUUUUUAAUUUUCCUAUUAUUUUCGAAAUUCUUUUCCCCAUUUAUUUUUUCCAGGUUUUUUUUCUCUUUUAUCUUAGUGGCAGUUUAUUCCCGCUUAUUCGAGAUUUUUGGGGGCUAUUAAAUACAAUUACAGUGGGCGUCAAUUGUGCAUAUUUUCACUAUUCGCGGUCCGGCCUGGUCUCGAUCCCCCGCGAAUGGCACGGGUCCACUGUAUUCACAAAUUGACUUCCACGGUGUGAAAUCAUCAAGGCCUGUUUAGUUGAACACCAAGUAAUUAUUCUUUUCUAUGAAUGGCAACUAAUUGUACCUUCUUCCAUCUAGUAAAAGAACAUUUGUUCUACCGGUCACUAUAUGUCGCUAGCGUAGAUAGAUGAACAAAGAUACAUUAUUUGUAUAAAUGAAUCAAAUUUCAAAUUCGAUCAUUCCCUUCACACCUGGUGAUCUUUCAUGGCACAGUGGCUGGGAAUCAACUGGAAUUCAAAAUAAAAACUUUUAGUUUGCAAUUAAAAAAAAAAAAAAAAAGUCAUAUUUGUUAAAACUGUCAGUAUGACCUGACAAUAAUACAUGAAUGCAUAGUACGUUGACUGAGGAAGUGUCAAUCAUUUGUUGUAUACUCGCCGGCGCACACCCGUGGCCUCCCGCAAGAAUAAAACUCCAAACCAAUAACAUUUAGUGUUAUAGUAACACUCCAUUACUUUUAAGGUGCUUUUCUUCGGCAAAAAUGUACCAACAAGUCAGCGCGAGGCCACGGGGGUGUGCCUGCGAGUGCACAACAAAUCACUGUCACAUCGUCAGUCACGCCUCCUGUCUCUGAUUGGUUGAUUUUCCUCAGGUGCGGUGGUUUCUAUACAAAUUAGGGGCACAAGAUGGGGCCAGAGAAGGCAGAUUAUUUAUUUUUUUGAACAGAUCAUUUAAAUCAUGUACUACUGUCAGGUCAGAAUUCUGACAAUCUUAACAUAAAUGACAAAGAGUGAUUUUUAUGAGAUUUUUAUUGCACACGCCCCUUUAAAUAACCCUCCAUACGCUGUAAUCACAUUAAAACUUAUUGAAAUACUUUUUAAAUGUAUGUCAACACAGAAAAAUGUAUGCGUUAUAUCAGGACCACGAUAGGUGAACGGCGAUAUAGCGAGGGAUUACUGUACUAUGCGCCUACACGUGAAGGCUUGAAACUGUUAUGUUCUUAAACUCAGCGCACAGGCGAGGCUGGAAUAGGCCGUAGCUGCUAAAUAGGCAAUGAAGCUGUUCAAUGGUCCUUAAUGUAUUUACUCUUAUUACCUCGUUAUCCAGUCUUUGUGUCUUACAGUCAAGCGUGUGUACUGUAGACGUAUAGGGCAGCAAAAAAAAUAAAUAAAAUAAAAAUAAAUUAGUCGACAUAAGCUUCCACUGUCCAUAAGCUACAGAUGUCAAGGGAGAGCUCUCCUCCCUCCUUGUAAAACGUACAAACAACAAGACUGUUACUGUGUUGUGUCCGCAUGCACAUGCUAAUGUGAUCUUUUUUUCUUUCUUUCUUUUUUGUAACUCAUCAGCAAA